AGUGACACACUUUCUUUCAGCCGUAAGACUUCCUUUUUCUCCUUCGGAGAAGACUUCUUAAGUCUCUUUUUCAAUGUGGAAACAAGACCACUCCAAAUUUUUGAGAACUCCUUCAGAGCAUCCAUGUCUCCUUUUAUGCCUGCUGCCUCGUUGGUAACUUGCAUACGGCAAACUUUCGUCUUCCCCUUUUUAGCUGACGAUAGAAGCGGUUUUUUCAGGACAAUCGAUGAAGAAUCCUUCUUUCGUGAUCGUGUCGAACUCGAACCUGAUGGCGAAACUCCUGCAAUCGAAAAACGCCUCAGAUAGUCAAUAGGAGUAAAUGCAUAAGUAAAAUGUCUUGACUGGAUCUGCAAAAUGUUUAUCUUCAAAACACAUACGAAAGGAGAGAUGAUCUUUCCAGUGUAGCAGGGUAUCCUGUGUGCAUGAGCUUUUAGCGAUAACACAUGGUCGUUUGUGAGGAACACCGUUUCCCAACCCUCUCUUCGCGCUUCCAAUAAGGUCUUCAUUUGA